UUCAAGGAGACGGCCUCGACGAGCACAAGUGGCCUAUCUUGAUAAUAGGUGUUCUCUCACAGCACGGGCACUAUACUUAAUCUACGGCUCAGUAGCCAAGUAAGGAACUACAUCGAAAAAAAAACCUCGUUUUAAAAACGUCGAUGAGGUAAUUACUGUUUUUGUUUCUCAGCUCAGGUAAUUAAGUUGACGUUACAAAAUCUAAUGGAACUUAACUCAGACUAGGGCACAAAGUUAGCUUUUUCCAGCCUCUCAGUUGCAUGAGUCGGGACGAGCUUAAAGAGAGCCGAAGGGCGAAAUAGUUCAGCCUUACCCUUUUUUCCCUAACGCUAAUUUUCUUUUCAUAAGGGUCCGGAACAGGUUAUCCUAAAGCGGAGACAAAGUCAAAUCAUGAGCUCAUCUUUUACCUCUAGUCUCUAAAUGAGGGAAAUUUAAACAAACAUGAGGUUGACCGUCAUCUAGAAAACCUGCAAGUGUAUCGAAACGACUUUGUAUCGAGCCGACCAGUUACCGUGAGCUCAAUUUUAUAUAAAUUAAGUCCAGUUUUAAUUUCCCAAUCCUUCCAUUUAUUGAAUGGUAAUGUCGGUAAUACUGAAAAAAAGAUCGAAGAUCAUAGAUAGUUUUUAAGCGCCUGCUUCACAAGGAACCCGAUAGUUUCGUAUGUCCGGACUACACAGUUUAUCGGAAAAAUUCUUCAUUCAAUGUCUCCAUGAAGGCUUUUGAGAUCAACCACCUUGCUGCUGAGGCAUAUUUUUGUUUGAGUCCACCUGUUAGCUUUUGGCCUGGGCUCAGAAUUUCAUGUGACAGCCAGCUGAACGAGCGGAAGUUUUAAGGCGACACAUUUUUCGGAUUCCUGGGAUGAGUUGGCCAUCAUUAAGGUUUUUUUAGUCUGCGAAAGCCUUAAAAUAUGAAAGCUUUGGUUUUGCUAAUAGCAACGUUUUCUUAUCGUGAGCCAAAACCCAAAGCUGAAGUUCUGCGGGCCAAAUUAAGGCACUCUCACUCUGCCGGUCAGAGCCCUCAGCUGGUUGAAAUCCCCACCCACUCGUCCCCAAACUUUUCAAGCCUUUGUUUUUUACCAGGCCGUUUCAACCUGGGCACAAACAGCCUUACCCGUAUUUGAUUCUCACUGACCGGCGUUGUGAAAAUACUGUUACGAACGGAUUUUCGUUCCUUACCCUUAAGAAAAUGUGGUAAUUAUUGCCACUAAAACCUAAAAGGUAAGAAUCAUCUUCCAGUUUCAUUCUAUGGCUAAUUUUCUCCCGUUUUUUCCGAAGGCAGCUGUCUCGAACAAUAUGUCCGAUGCAAUGUGCCGUAAUAUAAAAUGCUGGGCGCGCUGUAGUCCUUAUGUUUACUUUUUUCUCACAUCCUUUUUUCAGCUAAUACAUCGUCAACUUCGUCAUAGCUUAAGCGACACGCGAAAGAUUGUACUAUAAACAGCAACUAAAUUUUCUGCUAAAGAUUGUAUGUUUUAGGAAUUUAUUUUGGAACGAAUGAUCCUUUUCAUGGAAGACUCGAUCGAUCGGCAGUUUUCUUUGUUCCUUUGUUCCGUGAAAUCGGUACAAGCAAGUUAUUUUCUUAACGUCGAGCUACUCGAUAUAGUUUUUCUCACCUUUUUCAGCUUCAAUUUUAGACUACACUAACUGCAUAUAAGCCUAAAUAGUUUUCUCAAUACCUCCUUUCAUCUAUUGGGGACCAGCUGUAAUUUAGCUAAUUUAAAGUUGUGUGUGAAGGUUGUGUUAAAUUAGACCACGUUGGUGCUUUAUCAAUUUUGAUAAUUUUCACGAGACACAAAAAGAGGACAAUCUAUGGGACAGUAAGAAACCUAAAUGUGUUUCCUUUUUUUAUCUUUUGGUUUCUCUGGAACUUAUAAACUCUCAGUAUUAAAAAAUUCCACUGUCCAGUGACAAAUCCAUAUUUGAUUUUUGUUGUUGUGCCCUUGAACAUGAAACAACAUAACGAUAGAGAAUAACAACUGUGAUAACGUUGGUUUAUUUUUAUGAUGUAUUUACAGAGGACCAAAUUUCAGUUCGAAGCAUAUGUUGUAAAUUUACUACCCAAUGAAAAACCCAUGCUGAUAAUCAGCAGCAAUAAGAAAGAAUGUUACUUUUGUUAUAUAAAAGAACCAUUUUUUUUUGUGAUUCUUUUUUUCUGUGCCCGGCAUGUCCAAUCUCUACGCCAUCUGUCAAUAAAUAGUGCCACUUAAGUGACAUUGAUUGUUGCCAAACAAGAAACAGUGCAUUUUUCUGCAUGUUCAAAAAUUUAAAGCACAAAAGUAUGGAACUUUUUUAGAUUUUCAUUUUUUAAUGUUACUUGUGGUAGAUUCCUAUUUCUACUUUGUUUUUUGUGUGUGUGCUGCGAUACAAGUGCAACAUGCCUUUUCUUCUUGCACUUAUUAUAUUUCCCUUGAAUUUGUAUUUAGCAAAAAGUAUAUUAAUUUAUUUUAAAUCUCAUUUUUGGAUGCCAGUGUUGAUUUUCUUGCUAUGAUCUGGUAAAAAAAAAUGUUUGCAACAAUCGUUCUGUUUAUCAUUUAGUUAAAUUUAUUUUGUUGCUAACUUUUGAAGCAUCCUCCAUAUUUCACCAUCCUGUAUUUUCUGACUUAAAGUGAUAAUCAAUAACAAUAAACUCUGAAAAUGCAUCAUCGAUUCACUAUAACUGAUUACUCUUAUCAAUAUAUUAAUCAUCUACAUUGAUUGAUGUUGAUGAGCAUUAAUCAGUGUGGCAAUUAACUUGUUGUGUUUGGGAAAGACAAUGCAUUAGACUCUGUGCACUAGCAUUGUUUCUAUUUCUCGAUAAAUUAUCAAAACAAUGUAAUAAAUAUUAUGAUUUCUGAAGUUAUUGAACCAUAUUUCUAUUGAUACAUUUAUGAAGAAAGCUAAUUUUUUUCCUGUGAUAGAGGGCUCAUUUACACAAGCACAAAAAAGUGGAAUGGCUUCCAUGAUUAUACCCAUUUUGUUCCUAAAAAGGUUGAAAGGCACCUACUGGGACCUCCUCUUUCCGAAUACAUUUGACGUGCAGCAGGGCUUGCAGGUGCCAAGAGUCAUGUCAGUUGUAAUGUUCUUGUGUUUGUUUACCCUACUCAUAUUAGGCAAUUUUGUGGUGCCUUUGCCAGUGUUAAAAGAUGAAUGCUGCGACAGAGGAAGGUGGUGCCAAUUCAACUCCUCACAAAGUAAAAGUUGUUUCACCUUACCUUUCUGAUUCUACUGGUACAGGAACAUCACAAGACAAUGAAGAACAACAGGUUAGGACUUCAAUAAAAUCUUGAACACAAGGGCAAAAGGCAGGCACCUAUUUUAUAAUACAGUCGAAGCUCUCCUUGCGACCACUCUCAUAAGCGACCAGCUCUAGUUACGACCACCUUUGUGAAACCCCAUUUGAACUGUGAUUUAAACUUUGUAAUGAAAUGCUCUCGUAAGCGACCACUCCUGUAAGCGACUGCGACCACUUUUGGGAUUAUCCAACUGGACUUUCCUUUGUUUUUUUAGCCCUCGUAGGCGACCACUCAGAGCCCUAUUCAUAUAAAUCAACAUUUAGAUGAAACUGCACACUCGCUAGUGGUUCUAAUAUUUAGAUUUGGGUUAUUUUGGUCUAAAAAAUUGACAUAAAGUUCAGCCUUGUCUAUAUCAGAUAUAAAGACACUCAUUAAACAUUAAUUUAUUUUGUUCUUUCUUUAAUGAAUUAUUAAUCAAUGAUGAGUUUCUGAAGCUCUCAUAAGCAACCACCCUCUAUUGUUUUACCUUGCAGUCAUUUGCGAGAGCUCAUUCUCGUAAGCAACCAGCUCUAGUUUCGACCAUUUUUUUGAAUUCUCGAGGUGGUUGCUUAUGAAAGCUUCAACUGUAUAUGCAGUACAGUAUUAAUGUACAGUGUGCAGUGUAUUUUGUGAAUGGUUUUCCUUUUGUAAGAUUUCUUAUUAUUUCUACCAUUUUGAUUUUGAAUACAGAGGAGGUCUGGGAAAAAUGUAGAAAAAGGGUUUUUGGGAUUUGCAUGUUUCUCAUCCAUUAUUGAUUUUAUACCCCAUCGGGAAGAAUGGUUAAAGGCACUGAGUAACUACUUUAGCACAGAAUUGACCAAAUACUGCAAUAAUAUCAUCAUGACACAGCCUUUUUAAAAAGAAAACAAAGACUGAAUUCAGUUUGCUUUGUUUACAGGUAGUAGCAUCUUCUCUCGCUAACCGCCAGCAACGACAGCAACGAGUAUACAACAUGAUGAAAGAUCUCCAGCAAAAGCACUUAGCAACACUUUUGCAAGGAGAAAUGAGUGAGAGGGAAAAUAAUGAUAUGCAAGAGUCUCAGAACAUUUGUCGUAUAUGUCAUUCACUGGGCGAUGAACCACUCAUUACACCAUGCCACUGUUCUGGAUCAGCGAAGCAUGUACAUGCAACAUGUCUGUUAACUUGGUUUAAAAAAGCUGUAAAAAACACCUGCGAACUCUGUCGACAUAAAGUUGCUAUCAAGAAGAAAGGAAGGCCAUAUUCAGAGGUUGUUGAUAUGAUUUUUUUUUACUUUAAUACAUGUAUGUCUAGUACAUAAUUACAAUGCAACAAGUACUCAAAUUGACACACUUGGAAGAAAUUUAUCCAAUCGCAACGUUUUUUGAAAGCAAAAAAUUCUCAGUUCUUUUGCAAGCAAGCAAAUAAAACUCAAGGUUCAACUAUGCAACGGUUGAAAAUGUUAAAACCAUUUGAACUAACCUGACCUCUCAGGAAACAGCCCUCAAAUCUAUGAAUGUUAUCAGUCCAUUCACAAAAGAAAAAAAAUUGUGCAUCUUUUGUUUUCAAAAAACGUUGUGAUUGGAUAAUCUUCCAAGAGCCCCAAUUCGGGCAGUCAUGCUGUAAAUGCUUGUUUUAAAACUGCAUAAACAUUAGUGUAUUUAGUGUCCAUCCUAUAGAAUUGUGUGCCUUUAAAGUUAGGACCAGCUAUAUUGUCACGCUGUUGCUAUCUCUUUAUAAAUCUUUGCAUCAAUUUAAUCCCAAAAAUAAUAAAUCAUAGUCCAGUUCAAUUAUUUAGGGCUAUGUUUAAGUGUUGAGACUGUUUUCUCUCAUCUGUUGCAACAGAUAGCAAAGAUUCAUGGUCUUAAGAAAAUUACCUUUUCCCUCAACAUUUGCAAAUGGUCAGCCAGCUUUAUUAUAAAUUAUUGUCUUGGAUAAGGAUGUAUUUACUAGCCCAGAAGUUACCGUAAAAUUCUGAAAAUAAGCCCCGGGGCUUAUAUUUUUCAAAGGCCCUUUUUAAGGGGCUUAUUUUUGGAGGGACUUAUAUUUGGAGGGGCCUAUCUACGGAGGGAAAUGUGCAUUUCAAAAUCGAUUGAGCUAGCCGUAUAGUUGGAAGUAAAUUAACCGUUUUUGCUUUGUUUUACUUUGUAUUUCAGCACAAUUUUCAAAGUACAAGCCCGCGGGGGGCUUAUAUUUGGAGGGGCGAUUUAAAGGAGGGUUUUUUGCGUUACCGGAUUGGGGGGCUUAUAUUUGAAGGGGCUUAUACAUGGAGGGGCUUAUUUUCGGAAUUUUAUGGUAUUUCAUUAGCCCCAAAAAUUCACUAGCCAUAUACCCAAAUCCACUAACCCCCAGGCUGUUGGACACUGUUUUUUUUUGCAUGCUGCUCUUGAGUACCUAAUUAUGAUACUUCCUUUAUUAAAUUUCAGUGGCGAAAGCCAGAAGACAAGCCUAUUCCAAUAAUAUGGUUUACAGUUUUUCUUGUUGGACUAUUUCUCAACGUUUUUGCGAUUGCUGUCAAUGCAUCAGCUUUGUGUUACACCACACCCUGUGUGAUUUUCUAUGUUGUCAACGGAUUUGGAGUGAUUCUGGAUACUGCCUUUCUUUAUUUCUGGUGGACAAAGUGUUUGUUCUUUUGGAGGAAAUGGUGCGCCUUAAACCAGGAUUGGUCAAUUGUGAUUGGUCCUGGCCAGUUAGCUCCUCAGCGGACAAAUCAGGAUGAACGGAAUGGAGAUAGGACUACUACAUCAUGCAUACAAAUGCCACAUAUUGUAUAAUACUACAAAAGCAAGUGCUGUUAAUAACAUGUAAUAAGAAAUUAAGUGCUCACCAAAUUUGAUUGACUUUUUGGUUUAUUAGUUGAAUUAAUGGCCUUGGUGAUGAAUUAAUAUAAUUGCAGUCACUUAACUUUAUAUCAUAAGAUGAAGUGGCAAGUAGUGCAUGAACACCCAGGUGGGUACAGACUUGAAUGGGAUCAAUGGUGACAACUCAUCAAAGUCAAAAUAAGCUGACAACGGUGAAUGAUCAGUUAGGGUUUUAACUCUAGUUAUAAACUUGACUGAUCAGUUGAAUCUCAAUUUUAUCAGUCAUCAGUCACGCUGAAGGACUUCCAAUUUGCCUACAUGUAGUAGUGCCCUCCCGGCGAGGAGAAGGUAUGGCUUCACUUAGGCUACUUCCAACAGCUCUUCAAUUUUAAAUGUCAUUGUCAUCAACAGUCCUAUUCGGAACUUCUACACUCACUAAGAUGACCAUGUUAAACUUACCUAUGACAGAAUUCCGCUGCUCAAUAGAUAAAUAAUUUACCUGCCAGUGAAUUAUUGUCAGCUGUGUAAAGUUAUUAUUUAUGGUAAAGAACUUUAUUUUAAAACUUAUAAGUUAUUAAUAUCACAUCAGUAUUACCAUAUCAAAUUAUUUAGGUUGUAUAAUAUAAUUUAUUUGUAAUAAAUUACCUAGAAUUAAGUUGAAUAUUGUUAGGUUUAUCAGACUAAUGUGAUAUAAUUCAAAGAUAAUAUAUUGACAGCGGUUACAACUGAGAACUAAAUUUUGCUUAUGCUGACAUGACUGGAAGGGGAAUAGACUUAAAAACUAUCAUUUCUAGUUUUUACGCUUCUCUCUUUGAUCUUGUCAUUUUUGAACAAAAAUAAAGGAGAAGAAGGGGGAAAAUGUAUAGUACUUUGUCAUUCACAAAUAAUGAGAAAAUUUAUUAAAGCACAAGUUUGAGUUUGCCCAAGCCUCUGUUUCAAAGCAAGGCUAAGGGCGAAGCUACUGAUAUGAAAAUCAUUUUUAUUCUCAUGCAAAUUGAACUUAUAUUCAGUCAAGAAAGGUUUUGCACUUAGCCUCGUUUUGAAAGUGACAUUUUUUUGGAACUCGCCAAUGGCCUAUCAAAAUAUUACCUGCAGAUAACGUGUUGGCCAAAAUUUACCCAAAAAACAGUCAACUGUUAC